AUGAAUACCUUUAACAAAGCUGUUGGUCUCGCUCUGUUCUUAGCAAUCUGCCUCAUUGCUUCAUCUGACGCAAUGCCCAUGCCUUAUCCAUAUUGGCCAUAUUGGGGUUGGCCUAACGAAAACACUUAUCAAUCCAAUAAUCAAUAUGCGAGUGCUAAUGGUGGUAACGGUGUUGCACAAGCAGAAUUAGCACAAUGUUAUUUCUUUGGCUAUGGGACCGAGAUAAAUCGCCAUGAAGCGUUUCGAUGGUACGAGAAAUCCGCGGUCUGUGGAAACACGCAAGGACAAGUGUGUUUGGCAGAUUGUUAUUUGAAUGGAUCCGGAACGGAACGUGACUUGCGUGCGGCGUUUGCGUGGUAUAAAGUCGCUAGCGAUGCCGGGAAUGCGUUUGGAAAGAAUAGUGUUGGUAUGUUAUAUGCUAAAGGCGAGGGAGUCGAACAGGAUUAUCGGAAGGCUCUUUAUUAUUUUAAGCAGGCUGCGAGUAUUGCUGAUGAGUGUCAAAUGAGUGAUGCGAUGAUUCCAUUUGAUACUGCUAUGUGUUAUCAAUUUGGAAGAGGCACAAUGUGUGAUGUUCAUACUUCGUUACUGUGGCAUAGGAAAGCGUACGAAAGAAGAAAUAAGUAUUCACUGCGGCAGUUGGAUGUCCGUUCGGAUUUAGUUAAGUUUGAGAAAGACCUGAAUCUGUUGUGUAUCAAAAGAGAAGGUGAAUGUGAUCUGAAUUUGACGAGAACCUUUUUUGAGAUUGUGCAAAAUGAUUGUCAAGUCGAGCUGAAAAAUAAAUCAAAGUCUGAUGUGUUGAGUCAAGUGGAUGAUGGGAGUGAAGAUUACGAUGUAUUUAAGUUUAUCGAGUAUUUGUAUACUGCACUGCCGGAACGAGAGGCUUAUUGCUCAAAAAGCAAUGAAGGUUAUGGGAUAAUUGAUGUCCGAAAACAAUUAGCAAACUUCACUAGUACGCUUGCACUCUCCAACGAGAUAGCAGCAUUUAUCGAUUUCUCACCACCAAACGCAAGAUUCAACACAUUCGAUCCAAGUGUAAAACCACAACCAGGAUUCAGUCCGCCACACACUACACGCACACUACCAGACGUUAUAAUGUGUUCGGAAUCCUACACAACAAUAGCAGAUAUCUGGAUAAAUUAUCCAAACAAAAUAUCACUAAGUCAAAACAAUAGUACUUCAUUAUUAUCAUUGGCUUAUAAGGAAAGCUUGAGCGCAGUGCAAGGAAAUUUGACGCAGCGAUGUGGUAUUGUGCCAGUUGGAGAUCCGAAAAAGAGAGGUGGUGAUAAUAAUGGAACUGAUGGUACUAUUGCUCAUAUUUCUG